AUGCUCUACCAGAUCCUCAAUCAAGCCAAGAAGCAUCUGAGCAUGAUUCUCCUCCUUGAGUUUAUUGGAGAUGGAGGUACUGGAGCAGCACUGUAUGUCUUACAUCCAGCAUUGUUCAAUCCAGAUGUUACUUGGGACAGAAAGAAUGACCCAGAGCCCUGGAACAAACUGGGUCCCAAUGAUCAAUACAAGUUCUACCCAGUUAAUGUGGUUUACAGCAAACCAAAGAAAGAAGGUCUUGUAAAAUUGCUUUUACAAGAAUGA